GCAGUAUAGCUACAGUUUCCAUGUGAAAACAAAGUGCUCUUAUAGGUGGGAAAUGAACAUACAAGUGACUUUUGCUAAUUUUGAAAAUUUUGGAGUUCUUUUAAGCUGGUUUUUUUGACAAAUUACACAGUCAUUUACUUUGUCUAGUAGCUCCAGAUCUACAAUCUUAAAGUAACUGUUGAUUAAUCUUCACUGCAACUUUUUUUAAUACUUUUUACAAGUCCUCAGUUUGCGACAACUAAAGUGCAUUCGCUACCUCAUUACACCUCAGAAGUUUAUCAUAGAAUUUUUCAUCUACUCAGGCAAGCUUCAUCUCGCAACCAUUCAAAAAAUAACUAUUGAUCUGCCUACCGACAUUUUGCACGUGUUGAAGAAUUGAACCACGUAUUUUUGCAUAUUUCUCACAAGGAUUCAUUUUUGAGAUCAACAACAAAAGUAUAAUCAGACUAUUUAUUAAACUACCUGACAGAGUUUAUUACAGUCAUAGAAUUUUUCAUGAUGCAGCUCAUAGAAUUUUUCAUUCAAGUCUACUAUUUGCAAUCAUCAAGUAAAGUGCAAUCAAUUUAUCUUUAUUGAACUAUCUGCUUGCUAUUGUUGCACUUGGGAUUUUUUCUGAUAAAUCAUCAGUUUGUAAUCUUCGACAAAAGUGUAAAUAGACGAUCACCAUUGAACUGACUCACUUCUUUAAGCAUAUCAAUGAAUACCAAGGUUCCAGAAGUACUUUCGACUGUCCUUCAAAGACUGUUCCAAAGACGCCAACGAUCUGAAAAAAUAUAUACUUUGGCUGACGUAUCUGCUCAUUGUCAUCCCAAUGAUUGUUGGAUUGUGGUCUGUGAUUAUGUGUACGAUGUUACAUCAUUUUUGCAUGAGCAUCCUGGUGGGUUUGAUGUGAUUAUGGAACAAGCUGGACGAGAUGCUACAGUUGCGGUUUAUACAGCAGGACACCAAGCAGAGACGAUAGAUCUCUUAGAACCUUUAUGCGUUGGGACUUUAGCUCAACACGAAAGAGUCAAACUGAUUGGUCCCCUAUCAUCAAAUGGACAUUCCAAGGACACAAGUAGCUCUGAAAACUCCGACGUUACAGUUGCAAAUUAGUGUCUAUGGACGGAAUAUUUAUUUAAGCAUUCGAGAACUAAUGUAUAUUCCAUUCGACCAUUUAUUUAUCCUAUUCCUAUUUUCAUUACAAUGUGAAUUUCUUGAAAUUCGUGACGAUGAGAAUCAUACAAGAAAACCAAGCAUUUUUAUUUAUCUGUGAAUAUUCAUUUCAUAUUGCAUUGUCCGAGGUAUCAAUUGUGCUAAGUGAAGAAUGUUGUGUUUCGUAAAGACCAGCUCAUUUUAAACCGAUAAAAUAAACCCAUUUAUUAAACAAUAUAUAAAGCGACUCGUUAAGAACUGUGCAUGGGAAAAAACACUACAGUCAUUUAGAGUUACUUUAUUUAUACCACGUGCGUUAACUUUGCACAGUUUUCUAUUUCUCAGUAUAUUUUUAAAAAACCGUAGAAAGUCUGUGCUCUUUUGUCACGGUUAUACACUAUACAGGUUCUGAAAAAGUCUAGCACUGAUAAAGAAAGUUUAUUUAAAAAAAAAAAACUAUUUAAAAUUAAAACACUUUUUUUAAUUCUUUUGUCUCAACAAGUUUUCUUCCCAUUGGUACCAUAUUAGCAAAGGGUAUGUAGCUGGCGCUAAAAUGAAAAAUUUUUAAAUGGCGUCUAUGCAAGGAAAAAUUUCCAGUUGCACCACGAGAAGGUUUUUGAGGAUCAUCCAUCCAAAAUAUUUGUUUUUAACACAUAUUGCCAAUUUUAACAUGAGUUUAAAUCCUUGAACGGACAUUUAUCACGGUUAACGGACCCCACAGAAGGUAAACUCUGACUGCGCUAGUGACUGGUGCGAAGUUGAAAACCUUCUCAUGACUACGAAAGGUGUACACGUAGAAGUGUAUUAAGGCGGCAAAAAAAAAAAAAAAAAAACUAAUUUGAACUUUGACAUCUUUAAUUUAAAUUAUGUUUUUCGCAAUCACGAGUGUUGGUGUGGGGCGGGGGUAUGUUUGUGUGUGGGGGUUAUGUGUAUGUGUGUAGGCACGUGUGUGUGUGGGUGGUUGUGUGUAAGUGUGUUGGGUAUGUGUAUGUGUGGAUAGAUGUGUGUAUGUGUAGGUGUGUGUAUGUGUUUGUGUGAGGUAUGUGUAUGUGUGGGUAGUUGUGUGUGUAUGUGUAGGUGUGUGUAUGUGUUUGUGUGUAUAUGUGUAGAUGUCUGUAUGCAUGCGUGUGUGUAUGUGUAGGCAAGUAAGUGACGCAACCUGGAGACUGCGUUUAGUUUUCGCUAGAGGAGCAGCAUCGCGAGGCGGCCGGCCAACAGUGGUGGCGCUGCAGAGAGAGGCGGAAGAAAAAUAAAAUCAUAGGAAUUCAAAACUGUCAAGUGAGAACAAUAAACAAUUGUGAUUGCUCAAAAAAUAAAACUCAGUUAAGGCUUAAGUAAAAAAAAAA